GGGAAACUCCUCUGAAAUCUACAAGGCCUACCUGCUGGGCCACUCUCUGAACGCCGUGACGACUCGAGGGCUUCCUCUUCCUUCCCCGAUCCAGCCAUGUCGUCCGCGCCGCCGCCGCCGCCCCACCAAUCCAAAACCUCCUACGGCCACCGCCGCGGCCACAACGGCGGCCCGAAGCACCACCAAGGCCAGCAGCAGCAGCAGCAGCGGUACGUCCAGAAGUCCGCUGCCCCUAAACCCUCGGGGUCGGCCCCGCCCCCGCCGUUGCUCACCGCCGCACUCCGAUCAUCGGUGGCCUCCCCGUCUGCAUCCGGCGCAGGCGUCGGCAGGGUCGGAGGAGAGGCCGAUGGGUUCGUGGCCUACUUGCCGCACGAUGAGGUGGUGGCGGCCGGGCUCGGCGGCCCCGACGCCCAGGAGUCGCAGGCCGUCGUCGACCUCCUCAACGAUGCCCUCGCGGCGCUCCUCCGAGCUAAGCCCCGGGAGUUCUGGCGCCAGGUGGCACAGAAUGAUUCCCUGCAUGAGUUCCUGGACAGUUACCUACAAUUCAGGCAUCGAUGGUAUGAUUUGCCUCAUCGUGCACCCAAAGGGGCAGUUGCUGGCUUGGUUGUUGGGGAGCUUGAGCUUUGCCGUCGUGUCUUUAUGGUCCUGUACCGCAUAUCUUCAAACAAGGAUCCUGGAGCAGGCAGGACUGAAUCCCUUAGCAUGAAGGAGCAUGCAGCCCUUCUUCAGGAGAAAAGAUUGCUUGACCUGCCAAAGCUGCUGGAUAUAUGUGCUAUUUAUGGGCAUGACAAUGGCAAAUUGACAAGUACACUGGUUGAGAAUGCUGUCAGUGUCCAGCCAAAUAUUCUGGAUGGCAUUAAUAUUGCCCUCCCCCAAUUCCUGGGCAUUUUCCACACAAUGCAGCAGAGGUGCAUGAAAUCAUUACAGGUGCUCACCUCAGCUGGAGCGAAUGAUAGUGGAUAUACCCAACUUCAGAAAGAUUUAUCAGAGGUGUUGGAUUUUGUAAAUGAUGCAAUUGUCACCCUGGAUGCCUUUGUCGAUUCCUAUCAACCUGCUGCUUUAUUAUUUUGUACCUCUUUCGAAAUGAGCUAUGGAGUUGAGGAACUACUGAACAUUCUUCCAAGAUUGUAUGAUUCAUUGUUACCAUCUUUGCUUCAUGGUUUUCAAGCUAUGUCCAGUUCCCAAAGCAAUUGCCAGACUACAUCUGACAGUAUACUAAGUGACAUGGUUCUUGGCUUAAGGAUGCUGUCAAGGAGAACUGUUAGUUUCGGUUGGAGAUUAUUGGAGUACUGCUAUCUAAAUGAUCAACUUCUGGAGCAUGAUGUUCAAGCUUGUGCUAAGAUGUUUCCAGCUAAAGUCGAAGAUCCUAUGAUCAGGGGAGACAUCAUAAUUCAAACACUGAAAGAUAUCAAUAGAGAAGCCACUUAUAGACAAGAUCAUCCUGGAAAGACAUUCCUCCAAGCUCUUGAAAAGGAAUUUAAGUUGAUGAGCCGGAUUAGAGAUAUUCGAAAGAAAGGAUGGAUACACAUGGACGAUGAGCAGUUCCAGUUUAUCACGCGCGUGUGUGGAGCUACUCUGACAUCUUCUAAUAGUGUGCCUGAUUUGCUUGUCUCUUCCUAUGGUGGUGAAGUACAACAGAAGGAUGAGGAUACUGCCAUCGGUGAGUCCAAGCUUAGUCAAAUAAGGGACCUCUUUCCUGAUUAUGGGAAGGGCUUCCUUGCUGCAUGCCUGGAAGCCUACAACCAGAACCCAGAGGAAGUUAUCCAAAGGAUAUUAGAUGGAACCCUCCAUCAAGAUCUUCUAGCUUUGGAUACUACAUUAGAUGAGAUCCCGCAGCAAAAGCCUGCAGCUACUGUUGGGAAAGAUAAAGGCAAAGGCAUACUUGUGGAGACUGAGCCCCAAAUUAUGAACAAACCCCAUAAGGUUAAUACUGAGAUGCAACGCAUUGUUGAAGAUUCUUCGUCCUCAGUCUCAUCUGCAUCCCAGGGAUCAUCAUCUGCUUCAUCAGUCCCACAAGGUAGAUUUACAAGGAAGACCGAUGAUGAUGUGCCUGACUCUGCAACUCUAGACUCCCAGAAAGCAAAAGAUGCUAUUAGAUCAGCUGUGCUUGAAUCCCAAUACGAAUAUGAGGAUGAAUACGAUGACUCAUUUGAUGAUCUUGGCUUCAGUGUGGUAGAAUCAAGUUAUGAGGAAACUGAUGGUGCGAAUGAUGCUGAGACGUCAUCACAGGGUCCACGGUGGAGUUCACAGAAGAAGCCACAAUACUAUGUCAAGGAUGGGAAGAACUACAGCUACAAGGUUGCUGGUUCGGUUGCUGUAUCUAGUGCCCGAGAAGCGCAAGUCUUGCGCAAUAUUCAGAGAGAGACUAUCCAUGGUCUUGGCCGUGGUGGAAAUGUACCUCUGGGUGUUCCCAACAGGCAGCACAGAGACAUGGAGGAAGAAGAGGGCAAUGCAAACAACUUCGGCAGAGGAGGUUCCAACUUAGGCAAAGGAGGCUCAAAUCCCCGUGACGGUCAUGGCAGAAGGGGCAGCAGAGAUCAUGGCGGCCCCACGCAGGAGGGCGAGAACUCAAAUGGGCCACCAGGAUUUGGCCGUGGUGGAAGAAGAGGAGGCAGAAAUCAUGGCAACCAACCAGAGGUAAACGAGAACCUUAAUGGCCAGCAGCGUGGCUUUGGCCGUGGUGCGCCAAGAGGGGGCAGCAGGAACCAUGACCAUCCAGCGGAGGACAGUGAAGAUCCUGAUGCAGCACAGGGUUUCGCUCGAGGGGGGCCUGCUCCUCGUGGAGGCGGCGGCGGAAGGAGAGGUGGUGGCCGGAAUAACCAUUACCGGAGAGAUCGUGCGAUGAAGAAGCAUAUGCAAGGAUUGACAGGGAUUUAGGUGAUAGUUUCAUCAUCGUUUUUCAAUGCGAGAACUGUAAAUGUGACAGUUUUUUUUUCUUUUUUGACGUGGUUGUGCAAUAGACGGCCAAGCAUACGAUGCCAUGAAGCAUCAUUAUGAUCCUUGCUCAUGUUACUGGUGGAAUCAAACUAUGAGCAUAUUUCCUGUAGCUUCGGACAGAAUAUCACAUUGGAAUCUCAUAAAUGAAAGUUAAUUUUCUGUGUUACUCUUU